AUGGCGACUUUGAAUUUUGCCUUGGUCAACAACACCGGCUCCAGUAAGGCUUAUGCUUAUAUCACUGGACAGGCCAUCGACAAUGGCAAUGCACUCUUUCUAUUACAAUCGGAUGGCAAGACAGCCUACUACCCGACAUCGCCGUCGUCUACUACCACUGCCCUAGCUCAAAAUUGUGCCAUCUCUCUUGGAGCAUCAGGCACUACAACGACAGUGACGAUUCCACAUUUAGCCGGUGCCCGGCUGUGGUUCUCGCGCGAUGCUACCCUCACUUUUUACUUGAACCCUGGUCCAGCACUCGUGGAACCCUCGUCUUCCAAUCCAUCGGAUCCCAACUACAAUAUCCGCUGGGACUUCUGCGAAUUCACUUGGAAUAGCGCCCAGUUAUUCGUCAACAUUAGUAUGGUAGACUUCGUCUCUAUGCCUAUCGCGCUGGCAUUGAAGAACACCUCGGGCAAAACACAGACUGUCAAGGGCCUCCCAGCAGGUGCACUCGAUACGGUAUGCUCUGCGCUGCAAAGCCAACAUGACACCGAUGGCGCAGGCUGGGAUCAACUGAUCAUAAAGUCUGGCGGGGCAAACUUACGUGCCGUAUCGCCCAACACCGGCAUAACGCUGAACAGCAGUCUAUUCAGCACCUACUUUGAUUCAUACGUUGAUCAAGUGUGGUCUAAAUACGCCAGUGAAACUCUGACGGUCGACACCCAAGGAUCUGCAGGCAGCCUUACGGGAACCGUUUCCAACGGCACGCUGAAUUUCUCAUCCGGCAGCAUCAGCUACGCUCAACCAACCUCUGCCGCUAUCUUCAGUAACAGCUCUGGUAGCUUUACUGUAUCUGGAAACAGUACCAAAGAUGCCAUCACUGCCAGACUGGCUGCUGCGUUCAAUCGAUCUACCUUGUUGAUUAAUACAAAUCAGCCAGAUGGUGAAGUUGUGAGUAAUUACUACUCGAACUCGAUCACUAAUCAUUACGCACGUAUCUGUCAUAAGACUGCACUCGAUGGCAGGGGUUAUGCAUUCCCUUAUGAUGAUGUGGGUCCGUCGAAUGGGGUGGAUCAGUCUGGGAGUGUUUUCGAUGGUAGUCCUCAGCUUUUGACUGUCACUGUCGGUGGUCUCAGCAGCAACGCGGCUAGUGAUUCUACCAAUAGCAAGACUACUACGACGUCUUCUGCACAGGUCAAUCAGAAGCAAGGUGUGCUGCACAAAGUAAAGAGGUUUGUGCGCAGGCUGUCCCGCAGCAAGUGA